ACGGUGGAAUGAAGAUGUAAAAGGAAAUGAUGAAGUUGAAAAAAAUCAUAAGUCUCAUAAAGUUCCUUCAAAAGUUUUGAGACACUUUCCUUUGAUUCCUAGACUUCAACGGCUGUUUAUGUGUUCAAAGACGGCUAGCUCAUUAAGAUGGCAUGAUGAAGAGCGUUCUAAAGAUGGGAAGUUGAGGCACCCUGCAGAUGGAGAAGCAUGGAAAGAAUUUGAUAAAUGUCAUGCUGAAUUUGCUGAUGAGUCGCGUAAUAUAAGACUUGGAUUGGCCAGCGACGGAUUUAAUCCAUUUCGAACCAUGAAUUUGUCUUAUAGUACUUGGCCUGUGGUAUUAAUACCAUAUAACUUUCCACCUUGGUGGUGCAUGAAAGCUGAAUAUUCUAUGUUGUCUUUAUUAAUCCCUGGACCAUUUUCACCAGGGAAUAACAUUGAUGUGUACCUUCAACCAUUGAUAGAAGAGUUGAAAGUGUUAUGGGAUUUGGGUGUAGAAACAUAUGAUGCAUCACUAAAUCAAACUUUCCAAAUUCGGGCAGCUCUCUUGUGGACUAUUAGUGACUUUCCUGGGUAUGCUAUGUUGAGUGGGUGGAGUACAAAAGGGAAACUAGCAUGUCCUUGUUGUAAUUAUGACACUAAUUCUACAUAUUUGAAAUAUAGUAAAAAGGUGUGUUAUAUGGAUCAUCGUGUGUUUUUGCCCGAGGAUCACAAAUAUAGGUCAAAUUCUAGGAAUUUCAAUGGUAGCAUAGAAGAUAGGCCACCACCAAAGUUGUUAACUGGGGAACAAAUCUCGGAGAAACUAAAGGACGUCAACAAUGCUUUUUGUAGGCUGCAAAAGAAAAGUAAAAAUGGUCCAUGGAAGAAAAAAUCAAUAUUUUUUGAGUUACCAUAUUGGAAGCAUAAUACUUUACGCCACAACCUUGAUGUGAUGCACAUAGAGAAAAACAUAUUUGAUAGUAUAAUUGGGACAUUUUUGGAUAUUCCAGGAAAAACAAAAGAUCAUAAAAAUGCACGUUUAGACUUGGAAGAGAUGGGUAUUAGAAAGAAACUUCACCCCAAAGAGGUAGAUCAAGGCAAAAAGUCUGUGUUUGCGAAAGCAUGUUUUUCCAUGAAUGCAAAGGAGAAAACUACUUUUUGUUCUGUAUUGAAAAAUGCAAAAAUACCAGAUGGUUGUGCUUCAAACAUUUCAAGAUGUGUUCAACUUGCUGAAAAGAAAGUUAGCGGAUAUAAGAGCCACGAUGCACAUUUCAUGUUGCAUUACUUGCUUCAAGUGGCUGUUAAAAGUACAAUGCCAAACCAGGUUGCCCACCCAUUAAUCCGUCUUUGUUCAUUUUUUCGUUGUUUAUGUCAGAAGGUUAUUGAGGUGGCAGAUUUGGAUAUCUUGCAAUCCGAGAUUGUAGAAACACUUUGCCAAUUCGAGACAAUUUUCCCCCCGAGUUUCUUUGAUAUAAUGGUUCAUUUGCCAAUACAUCUAGUGAAUGAGGUAAGAAUGGGAGGACCUGUUCAAUUUCGGUGGAUGUACUUUCCAGAAAGAUAUCUAGGAAAAUUGAAGGGUUAUGUUCGUAAUAAAAGUCGUCCCGAGGGUUAUAUUGCUGAGGGCUAUUUAGUUGAAGAAUGCUUGACAUUUUGCUCUCGGUAUUUGCAUAAUGGUGUUGAAACAAGAUUCACUAGAAUGACAAGGAAUAGUGAUAGAUGUGAUCCUCAUGAACAUGAAAGUCCAAGCUCUUGUCUUAAUGUUGGUCAUCCAAUUGGAGGAAAGAAAAAGGGAGAAGCAAUUUCUUUGGAUUGCAAGUCAAGGAGUUUGGCCCAUCGUUACAUCUUAUUCAAUCAUGAAGAUGUCCAAAAAUUUAUAAGUGAGCAUGAAAAUGAAAAUUCCAAUAAGAGAAAGGGGUGGAGCAAAGCAAAGAGCCAAGGGUUAGAUUUUGUUGAAUGGUUUAAGAAGCGUGCUUUGUUAAGUGAUGUGUCUGGAAACCUAAGGAAGUUAUCCAAUGGACCAAAUAAAAUUGCACGAAGUUUUUCUGGCUAUGUAAUUAAUGGAUACAGGUUUCAUACAAAACAACGUGAUGCUAGACGUAAAACACAAAACAGUGGUGUGACACUUGCGGCAAUAACGAAAAGUUUUUCAAGUACCAAAGAUGAAAAUCCAAUAACACAAUCAAUAACUUACUAUGGAAUGAUUACAGAAAUAAUUGAGGUAGACUAUUAUGGUAAGUUGAAGUUUAUGUUAUUUAGAUGUGAUUGGUUUGAAGGUGAAGAGGAAAAAUAUGGGAUGACUUGUGUUUACUUCAACAAAAGAUGUUAUGUGGAUGAUCCUUUCGUAUUGGCUUCUCAAGUCCACCAAUGAUUCUACAUUCAAGAUCCUUAUGAUGCAAAUAAACACUAUGUUAUGAAAUCUAU